AUGGACAAGCAACAACCAUAUACUUAUACCACCACGUUCUCAAGUCUCCAGGGACGACCCAUUCAUGCAAUGAUGGCCGACACAGAGAAGACGAAUGGCGAUAAUCAUGUCUCGUCAACAACCACACUUGUGGAUUGGGACGGCCCGAAUGACCCUCACAAACCCUACAACUGGUCCAUGUCCAAGAAGAUCCUGGUCACCCUCGCCUCUGGCACUUGCACCUUCGUGGUGUCCUUCUCCUCGAGUGCCUUUGCUCCUGCACGGGGUGUCGCUGCUGCCCAGUUCGGCACGUCGGAGGUGGUCAUGAGCCUCCCGGUCAGCCUGUUCCUCAUGGGCUUCGUGGUUGGACCUCUGAUCUUUGCUCCUCUGUCAGAGAUCAUCGGGCAUGCGUCCCUCCUCGUCAUUGGCAUCAUAGGCUGCGGUUUGUUCCAAGUGCCAUUUGCUUUGGCUCCAAAUGUCGGUGCUCUUUUGGUCUCACGCUUUUUGCAAGGAGCGCUUGGCAGUGCUGCCCUGGCAGUCGGCACUGGCAUGCUCGCGGAAGUCUACGACCUAGUACCACGAGGUGUGGCUGUUAGCUCUGCAGCCUGCUGCAUGAAUUCAGCCAGUGCCCUUGCUCCGGUUGUGAUGAGCUACGUCGUGGCUGACCUGACGUGGAGAUGGAUUGGCUGGAUCACUCUCAUACUAAUCGUGGCGGCCGGAGCAGCUGGACCGUUCAUUCUGCAUGAGACAUCACCAAAGAUUAUUCUUCUGCGGAAAGCGAGACGGCUUCGUUCAGAGACUGGUGAUUUGAGUUUGGUAACGAAGUACUCCGAUGACAAAGUCGAUUUCCGCCAACUGGUGCAGAGGUAUUUGUUCGUGCCCAUCAGAAUGCUCUGGACGGAAACGAUCCUUUUGGUCCUGACACUUUAUAUGACCUUUGUCUGGGGCACUCUAUACUUGAGUUACCAAAUGUUCCCAAUCUCAUUCCGUCAGCGAGGCUGGUCAGACCCGGUCGCUCAUCUGCCGUUCCUGUCCGUCGCCCUUGGCAUCAUCACAGCCUGGGGCCUCUUCUCGCUGUUCACUCUGACCUGGUACAAAGAGCGCGUUCAUCGUGGCGCCACGCCAGAGGACCGCCUCCCGCCCAUGAUCUGCGGUAGCGUCAUUCUGCCUGUCGCUCUCCUCUGGUUCGGCUGGAGUGGCGGCGUGCACUGGAUGUCCCAGGUGCUAGCCUGUUUCUUCAUUGGCUUAUCCCUGCAGCUGAUCUUCAUGGCUGGCGUUGUAUAUAUUGUGGACGUUUACGGAGCGAACUCCAAUUGUGCGAUGUCGAUACAGGUCGUUGUGCGAAGCUUCGGAGCAGCUAGCUUUCCACUUUGGUGCCAAGCGAUGUAUAGGAGUCUGGGUGUGCCUUGGUCGUCGACUGUGCUGGCUUGCGUUGCAGCUUUGAUGCUGCCGUUUCCUGUGCUGUUCAUGAGGCAUGGGAAGAGAGUCAGGGCUGCUAGCAAAUAUGCUGCUCCGGUGGUAUACUGA